AAUAGCAGUCCAGGAAAGGAGGCGGGACAUUGCUGGAUCACAUAGCUUGGGUUUGUAGCAUCCUUGUAGCUCCUCAAGUCUGGUCUUUGAAUAAAAUGCUAUGAAAGAAAACCAGAAAACAGCUGAGAAGGAAGAAACGAGACGUGAUUUUGUACGGAGGGAGAAAAUGUGGUGAGCACAGGGACCUAGAGGGCAAAAAGCUUUCAAUUUACAGCCUCUCAGCUGCUCUGUUCUAGCUGAGGAACGAAGGAGGAGGGGUGGAAGGAGAAUUCCCUCUCCUUUUUUCCAUCGCCUGCCUGGAAAACCUUGGAAGGACAUCAGCCGUGGCCACUUUUCUUCACGAACAGGAUUCUUGCAGGAGUUCAGGAUCAGCUGAGCGUCAUGGCCGAGGCCUGCUGGAGGACUGAAUCCCUGUAGUGUUGCCUUCAAAGCGCACUCGACGUCCUGCAAGAACCAUGUCUCUGCCCACCACCAAACCCAAUAUGUUCACCUCCACCCAAACCCUGAUCCCGUUCCCAGCCCCUACACUCCCCCUCACCACCUUCAUUCCCGUUCUCACAAGUUCAGCAGAGCCCAGAACUGAGCCGGAGAACGUGACGUUCAGGACCACCUUCCGCUCCGUCACUACGUCCGUCAACGAGACCGGCCUGAACUCCACACAGCUGCCCGUGGCGUCGGUGGAGGGCGCCGGGAUGGGGAUGGUGCUCGUGCCCUUUGGCAUCAUCACAGUCAUUGGGCUGGCUGUUGUCGUGCUUCUGUACAUCAGGAAAAAGAAAAGGCUGGAGAAACUGAGACACCAGCUGAUGCCCAUGUAUAACUUUGAUCCAGCUGAAGAACAAGAUGAUCUAGAGCAGGAACUCUUGGACCACGGAAGAGACGGAAGCCCAGCAGGACCAAACUCCAAAACACUGACCACAAGUCAGGGAACAACUCAAAAACCCAGUCGACUUGUUUUCACUGACGUGGCUGAUGCCAUUAAUGCAUGAUGACACUCACAUGCUGCACAGGAAAAAAGGGACAAAUAAUUCUGGACAACUGGACACUGGGAUUCAGGAAUAUUUACUUUUUAAAAAAUGUAAUGUAAAACAUUGGGUUAACUGCUGCCAUUGUAGAUAAUUUUUAAGCCAAAAUUACAACCUGCAGCGUUUAAGGAAUAGUUCACUCCAAAAUGAAGAUAUUUGCUGUAAAUGUACUCAUCCC